AUGACUGUGGGCAUGAUCAACGCAAACCCGGUGGUGCACGAGCGGCCGGAGCGCGCCGCGCACCCCCACGCCGCCGACGCGCUCGACCCGCUCGAUGUCUUUGAUACGGUGCGGGACAUCAAGGACCCGGAGCACCCGUACUCACUGGAGCAGCUCAGCGUGCUGUCGCAGGAGUCCGUCUCCGUUGACGAGAAGCUCGGACGCAUCCAGAUAACCUUCACCCCAACUGUGCAGCACUGCAGUUUGGCCACAGUCAUUGGUCUGUGCCUCCGACUUAAGUUGAUGCAGAACUACCCUCCACAUUUCAAGGUUGACAUCAAAGUUGCUCCAGGAUCUCUUGCUAAUGAAGAAUCAGGUGUGUACACUGACAAGUUUCUAAGGCUAAUAUCUAAGAAGUAA